AUGAACGCAUUGUUGGCAGUUGUCUUGGUUGUCGCCGUCACACUUCACUGUGAGGCUUUGGGCACGUUACAAUCGUAUGCCGUGAAGGGAGUUCUUAGAUGUGACGGAAAGCCGGCUGCUGGAGUUGUAAGUUUUUGACAACUUUUUGGACUUUUUAUGAUGACUUCAAGACAACUUUACUGUCGUCUAAUGUUAUUGCGUAGCGUAUAACAACGGUAGUGUAAAAUUUAUUUUAAAUUGCCACCAAACUCACUUUUCCCGCUUUAGAAGCUCCGUUUGUACGAUGUAGACACCUUGAGCAUUGACGACAAACUUGACGAGGGAGUGUCUGACGAUGAAGGCGAGUUCAGAUUGGAAGGAUCCACCAAGGAAGUCGGUAACAUCGACCCCAAACUCAACAUCUACCACCACUGUGGAGACACUGGAGGCAUUCUUCAGAAGUGUACCAAGAAAGUGGAGAUCGUAUUGGACAAGAAGUACAUCACCAAAGAGUCAGAGAAGGCGGCUCAGACCUUCGAUGCUGGAGAAAUCAACCUGAACGCCAAGUACGGUAACCAAGGCCGUGACUGUGUAAACUAAAUAUUCGAUCUAAUAAACCAUAUAUUUUUACAAUUGUAAUAUAAAUUAAGAUUUCAUUAUGUAGACAACUUGUAAAAGGGCUACAAAUAGUAUUAGUAGAUUAGUAGUGCCCUAUAGAUGUGUAACAAUUUCAACAGAUAUAGACAAUUAUCUAUAGAUUUUCGAAAUGGAAACUUGAAUACAGUAGAAUAAAUUCAUAUUUAUACUUGUCACUUUUUUAAACUGGUCGUUUAUGGGAUCUAAAAGCUUAUUUCAAAACUUACUACGUUCGGCUAAUCCACGACAUCUACCCUUGAUACAAAAGAGUCCGCCCUUGAUCAGUAGCACUCAGAUGCUAAAAGAGUAACUUUUAUAAUCUAAAAUAUGUUAUAUGACAAUAAAUAACUUAAGAAUGCCUAAACUUUAGCCAAAAACGAUCAGACGCAGACUUCGAAGAGCUGUCGCCAACCUUCCUGUCGCUGAACAUUCGCGACGAAAAAGCGGCCAAAGACUUUGUGGAUAGGCUUUACCCGAACGAACGGAAGAUGAUAUUCGAUAUAAUUCAGCGGAGAAGAGCAAAUCAGUACAAGACGGCCGAACAACAAAACAAGGAGAAGCUAAAGGAAGUGCACCAUGAGGAACUAGUCGGUAUCUGGUGGAUGACCUACACGCCCUACUUCUUAUACGGCUUCAUUGACAACACAGCCAUGAUCGUCGCCGGAGAAUCCUUCGAUUUGUAAGUUUAGCCAGUUCUACAUUUAGUUUUACUUUGCCCAUGUUGUUUAUAUUAUAGUACAUUAGUUUUUAAUCUUAUAUUAUCUAUAACUUUAUAUUAUACCAAUUUUUAUUUUAAUUUAUUGCAUUUUAGAACAGUAGGCCAAGCCAUGGGAGUAUCUGUAAUGGCUGGAGCAGCUUGUGGUAAUAUUGUGUCUAAUUUGAUUGGGAUAUACUUAAUACACUAUGUUGAGAUGGGCGUCGCACAAGUUGUUGUGUAAGUGAAACAUCAUUUUUCACGUUUUAGGUAUUUUUCAUAUACAACCGUUCGUAAAAGUUAUAACUACAAAAAUCUAACAUUACUUACAUUUUCAGAAGCCCAAACCUACAACCAGGCCAAGAAAACUUGUGGCCGGUGCGAUUUGUGAAAAACCUCGCUAGACUGACAGGAAUUUUCUCCGGAUGUAUAUUAGGAAUGUUUCCACUGUUAUUCUACACAAACGAACGACAAGACGAUAUUGACAAUGACCAAUCGCUCGAACGAAACGGUAAUUUGAAUGAUGUGUUAGGAAAAAGAAAGACAAAGAGCGUGAUCUCGUGAUGUAGUGGUUAUCACAUCUGUCUAACAUACAGAAGGCCGGCGGUUCGAGCCCGCCCGAGAUCAAAACAUUUUUUGCCAUUUUUCUUAUUUUGACGAAAAAGUUUUUAGGUAUACCGAUUAUUAUUGUUUAGUUUGUUAUUUUAUUGUAUAAUAUUAAUAUUUCUUGUCCUUAUUAUUACUUUACGAAUGCUUAUAAUAACAUAGGUUUAUAUUUUUUGUUGUUGUUAUUGUUGCUUUCCGGUUUCAGAAAACGAAUUCCGACACGACUGGCUAUCUGAAGUGUGUUUGGCUCUCAACCAACCUGUCAUCUACGAUGGUAUGCAACACGACUUUGAUGUAACAAGCGCGACCGCAGAGGAAGCCACAGAAAUCGGUGAAGGGACUCCAGAAGGCGACGAUCCCAGAUUCUACGAAAAAAUCAUUUUAAACGAGAAAGAAGGUGGAGCGACUCCCAGUAAACUCGAGUAUUAG